AUGGGGGAGUUCUCGCUCUACAACGCGUGCUUCUUCUUAUACGUCUUCAUCGUGCCAGCGUUUCUGCAGUAUCUGAUACGCGCGCCCUCGACUUUCAGUUCAGCGCCAUUCUACCCUGUGCCGCUUGCCACGCUGCAGGGGAAGGUGGCGCACGUGAACAUGAGCAGCCCUCCGCAGACGAUGGAGGAGGGGGUCAACCACUGCAAGCCCUGCUACGAGGACCAGUUCCACAAGACGGGCAUGUACCAGUGGGACAUCAUGCUCAGGAUGACAGGGAUGUCGUAUAACGACCUCAUGGUCCAGGACAAGGCCCACCCGGUGACCACCAUGUAUCCAGUCAUCCUCGCGUCGAACGACUUCAAGAGAUGGCACGUGGUGGCCGAUGCGGACGACGUGCAGGGCGACAGCACGUCCAACGCCACUUCGACCCAGGAGCUCGCGCACCUCGCCCCGCCCCUGCUAGUGGCCAACCUGAAGCCGUUCGGGUGCGUGAACAACGAGACCGGCACCACGGACCCGUUCAUGUGGUUCUUCGCCUCGGCCGAGAAGGCGAACCGCUACAAGUGGAGGCUCGUCGAGCACAUCUCGACGCACGGCUCCGUGAACCUCGUCGCCUGCGUGAUGCAGGGGUUCGACAAGGUGAACGCGCUGAUGACCUACUUUGCCACGAGCUGCAUCACCGCCACGGGCAAGAUGCAGUGCACGCAGACGCCGCGGGAGGCGUUGGGGCAGUGCUACGCCCUCGGCUCCGCAUGCGGCCAGGCCUGCGGCUUCUUCUCCCCGAACGUCCAGCAUUGCAGCGAGGGCCACAUCGACCCGUACCUCUUCCAGGGCCUCACGUCCAAGAGGGUGAGCAUCAAGACGUCGUCCGGCGGAGGCGCCUCGAACGCGCUGGUGAACUGCAACGACCAGGGCUGCAAGACGGGCCUCAGCUUCGACGGGAUGUACGCGGAGGCCGACAACCCGAACGACUUCGUGGUCGAGUCUGGGGACAAGGAGAUGGCGGACUUCUACACGAUCGUGUUCGCCAUGUCCGACGUCGAGGAGUCAGGCUCUGAGGCGCCAGCGGCGGGUGCAGCGGAGGACGCCCUGGCAGGCGAGGACGACCUGGAGCAGCUGGCCGACCGGAGGCUCCAGGUCGCCAACAGCAAGUAUCUCUGGCAGAUCGCCCACAUGCCCAAUCUUACGCGGGGCGUAUUCAAGGACCCAGAUUCGAACACCAUGCGCAUCGAGCCCACGAGAGAGUCCUGCUUCACGCAGCCAGGAUUCACUUACAUUCGAAGAAGAAACAACGACAUCAACGCCAAGCCCGUCUUCACCGCCGGCAACAUGGUGGACAUCCCGGGCCCGCCCUUCAACGACCGCUGCGUGGCGGUCGGCGGCCUCUGCGGCGCGGCCUGCGGCUCCGGGCAGACGCUGGACGAGGAGGCCACGCGGUACUGCCCGCAGCGCGGCGGCUCGCCGGACGGCCGCCGCCUGGACGGCUCGACUACUCGCCGUACGCCUCCACGGUGA